CGGCGAACGGCGGGCCGCCUUCCAGUACGCGGCCCGUGUGCACGAGGUAAACACGGCUCUAAUCGGCAAUCGGAAUGGAAUGACGCGUGAGAAGUGAUCAGCCGAGUCCAGUUCCGAUUGUCGCGCAGCAGUAUGUACGGUUUUGUGAAUUACGCCCUCGAGCUCCUGGUCGUGAAGACCUUUGGUAGCGAGACGUGGGAAGCAAUAAAAAAAGAUGCGACGGUUAAUAUGGAAGGGCAGUUUUUGGUGAGGCAAAUUUAUGAUGACGAAAUCACAUACAAUCUGAUAUCUGCUGCUGUACAUAAACUUAAUAUCCCCGCUAAUGAAAUACUUGAGUUAUUCGGAAAAAUGUUCUUUGAGUUUUGCCAAGACUCCGGUUAUGAUAAGAUUUUACAAGUUCUUGGAGCAACACCUAGGGAUUUUCUACAGAAUUUGGACGCGCUUCACGAUCAUUUGGGUACUCUAUAUCCGGGCAUGAAGGCACCGUCAUUCAGAUGCACGGAGAGACCCCAGGAUGGCGCGCUUGUUUUGCAUUAUUAUUCAGAUCGGCCUGGUCUAGAGCAUAUCGUUAUUGGAAUCGUGAAGACUGUCGCCAAGAAACUACACGGCACGGAUGUUGACAUGCAAAUAGUGAAGACCAAAAGUGAAUGCGAUCAUGUGCAAUUUCUCAUAACUGACACAUCGGGUCCGGGAGUCGUAUCGAAUCCUAUGAUCGCUGAGCUGGAAACAUUGUCCGUUGAACCAAGGGUCAGUCCAACGACAUUUUGUCGAGUAUUUCCGUUUCAUCUAAUGUUCAAUCGCGAUCUCACGAUAGUUCAAACCGGAUGUACCAUCACACGCGUCAUACCGCGCGUCUCCAGUGGUCACUGCAAGCUAAGUGACAUUCUCUUAACCGUCAGACCGCAUCUGGAAUUAACAUUUGAAAACAUACUGUCACAUAUAAAUACAGUUUAUGUGUUACGGACAAAAAAGAAUGUCAUGCGUGUCAAUGCUGCGGAGGAAUAUUCGAACUUGCGUUUAAAGGGUCAAAUGUUGUAUAUACCUGAAACAGAUUUAGUUAUCUUUCUAUGUUAUCCAAGUGUUAUGAAUCUGGAUGAUUUGACCAGGCGAGGUCUGUAUUUGAGCGACGUCCCUUUGCAUGACGCCACUCGAGAUCUGGUCCUGAUGUCGGAGCAAUUUGAGGCGGAUUACAAACUGACACGAAACUUGGAACUGCUCACCGACAAGCUACAGCAGACGUAUCGCGAACUCGACGGCGAGAAGCAGAAAACUGACAGGUUACUUUACUCGGUACUUCCCAUUUCGGUGGCGAACGAACUCAGGCACUCGAUACCGGUGCCAGCGAAGAAGUACGAUUGCGUUACUCUUUUGUUCUCCGGUAUAGUAGGCUUCAGUGCGUAUUGCGCUGCUAACACGGACUCCAGUGGCGCCAUGAAGAUCGUCAACAUGCUCAACGAACUGUACACAGCGUUCGACGUGUUAACUGACCCUAAAAAGAAUCCGAACGUUUAUAAGGUGGAAACCGUCGGCGAUAAAUACAUGGCGGUGAGUGGAUUGCCGGAACCCUGCCGUUGUCAUGCACGAUGCAUCGCUCGACUAGCAUUGGACAUGAUGGAUCUUGCAGCUGACGAAGUGCAGAUCGAUGGAGAGCCUGUGAAAAUCACGAUCGGCAUACACAGCGGAGAAGUUGUUACCGGUGUAAUCGGUCAUCGUAUGCCCCGCUAUUGUUUGUUCGGAAAUACAGUGAAUCUUACAAGCCGAACGGAAACCACUGGCCAGCCAGGAAAGAUCAGUGUUUCAGAAGACGCUUACAGGUAUCUCUGUAUGCCGGAGAAUCAAGAUCCGCAGUUUCUUUUGGAAUAUAGAGGGCCCGUCGUGAUGAAGGGGAAAUCGGAACCCAUGAACGUAUGGUUCCUGUCUAGAGAAAGAGAGCUGACAUCGUAAAACGUUGUGAAUGUGAAUGUUAUAGCAAUAAUGCCGUGAAUCAGUUGGAAAAUUCAAACUCACUACGUUAAGGAUCAAUAAAACUCGUACAAUCAUUCGAGAAAAUAACUAAUAAUACGGAUAAAAUAUGAGCAAUCAGUGUGUUUCGUGUUAAAACACUUUCACGACUAUGUAUUAUAUACGUUUAAUUACAUGCAGAAAAGUUUAUAAAGAGUUUAUUGCAUUGGGCCAUCUGGCUGAUGAUCGAUGAUCAUUCUUAGGCAAAUUGUGAGGUCGAGUGUCGACAGUUGGUCUUCAAUCGACAGAUUAUUUAGUAAUUGUGAAUGUACAAGGUAAUCAAAUAUAAUCGUUAUUUAUUUGGUGACAUCA